AUGAAAGCAGCCAGCCAGCCUGUCAGCUAUUGGCUGACAUCCCCAAAGACAGCCGUUCCUCAUGAAAAGGCCUUGACAGCCUUGUCUAUUUUAUCGCCGUCCAGCCGUGCAGACAAGCCAAAGUUAGCUCACUGGCUGGGGGAAGGGGAACUAAAUGGGCUGGCCGCAGGCAAGGGGCUGUUUAAUUUCACAGCAUUUGCCGGUAAACUCGCUUAUAGACGAGCGCGUCCAAACUUCAUGCUCUACUUCCCUCUUCCUUCUUCCCCUGCCUUCUUUGUCCAUCUCGGACCUGGUCUAUUCUUUGCAGCCGACUUGACUCUUUGCAGCAUGUCUCGUUCUUUCAGAAGCCCAUCAUUUAGCCCGCUACGUACAAAACCCGGCCUAUUGCACGCGACUCGCGAGCACUGA